AUGCCAUCGGACCCUCCAGCAAAGAAGCGGAAGACGUCCAAGACCAGCCUGGACUUCGACGUACCGGAAGUUCAUGCCGCCUAUGUCGAAUGGGCAGUUGCGCGAGGAAUCAAAAUACAUGGAGUCACACCGGCUGUGCUUCCUGGUAGAGGUGUUGGCCUGCUUGCAAAACAGAAAAUCAAAAAGGAUGCCGUGCUGUUCUCUGUGCCGGAGAAAGCCAUGAUCGUACCAGAUGUGGCAACGCUUCGCAAGCACAAGUUGACGAAGUUGUCCUCACAGGCUCAACUAGCCGCAUACCUUACCUUGGAGUGGAAGAGCCAAUCCUCUACCUACGUUACUUCGAGACCCGCUUGGCCAACACCUGAGGACUUUUCUUCUUGCAUGCUUGCCUGGUCUCCGAAGGACGAACUAGAAGAUGUGCUACGCAAAUGGGCCCCACCAAGUGUACAGAAGCCGCUGGACCGCAUGCUGUCAGACUUGAAGCGAGACAUUGAAUCCGUAAAACACAUGCACGCUCCCGACGAUGAAGCAUUCGAGCGUGAGUUUCUUUACCACUGGAUGCUUGUCAAUACACGCAGUUUUCACUGGAAGCCUCAAGGUGUCAGCCAAGGUGCCAUGAUCAUGAAUCCUGCACUGGACUAUAUGAACCACUGUCCGAACGGCCANGGGAAAGGCUAUGAGUUGAAAGCAAACCGAAACUACGAGCCUGGUGAAGAGAUAUUGGCUACAUACGGAGCUCAUUCGAACGACAAGCUCCUUGUACANCUCCUAGACGACGACGAGAUUCGUUUGGACCACGUAAUACUACCCCGCUUGACGGAGAGCCAGCAAAGUGCUCUGCAAGAUGUGGGCUUCCUUGGUGGCUAUGCUCUCCUACCAAGCUCAAGUGAAUUGUGCUUCAAGACGCAGGUUGCCGUGCGCUCUGUACUUCUGACAGCCAACGAGUGGGAACACUUCAUGGGGUCUGGAGAGGACCUUGCAGACGACAAAGAGAAUGAAGUGCUCGAUUGGCUGAGGCCAUCUCUUGAAUCAUACGUUGAAGAGGCCAAAGAAGCCAUUGCAUCUCUGCAGCCCCUCUCGAAAGAGAAAACUGGCGACCUUGCCAACAAACUCAAACUUCUGCAAUCCAGAUGGGAGCAGAUCCAGAUUGCGCUAGAGGACUUUCUGAAGUGA